AUGACCAUCGCUGCUCGUCUGUCUGAAGAUCCAAAUGUCAAUGUUGCAGUCGUUGAAGCCGGAAUAGACUAUGAGCUAUCGCCAGUUAACAAGAUAUUGGUUGACACGCCAGGAGCCGAUGGGAUAGGAUGUGGCAGCAGUCCGGACGACGCCAUAAACGAUGCCAUUGAUUGGCGUUUCAAGACGACACCACAGUCAGGGGCUAACAAUCGUACAAUCCGCUACGCUCGAGGAAAAACAAUUGGGGGAAGCUCAGCACGCAACAUUAUGAUUUAUCACCGAGCAUCCAAAGGCUCAGUUGAUCAAUGGGCAACAUUAACUGGAGAUCCCGACUGGACCUUCGAAAACCGAUUUGUGGAUUAUCAGAAAAGCGUGUCAUUCACUGCUCCUAAGCAUGAUUUGCGCCAGGAGAUACCAGCAGCUCAAUACGAUCGCCUAGCUUUCACGCAAGCAAACGGGCCGGUACAAAUCUCAUAUCCGAACACGGCUCAACCCUUUUCGAAAUACAUGCAACUGAGUCUAAAUGAGAAAGGAAUCCCCACAUCUCAGGACUUCAACGGAGGAACGUUGAAAGGAGUUCAAUAUGCGCCAGCCACGAUUGACCCGAAAGAUAGCCAUCGGUCAUCCUCGCGCGCCUUCUUUAGCGCUGCGCGGUCUCGGAGUAAUCUAGUGGUUUAUACCACGGCCCUAGUAAAAAGGAUCAUCUUCAACGAAUCCACGCCGCCGCAAGCACAAGGGGUCGAAUUUGUUUACACCUUGACCGGUCUAUAUGAUAAGCUCAUUGCCAAAAAGGAAGUAAUUGUUUCAGCUGGUGCCUUCCAGUCUCCACAGCUUCUUAUGGUCUCUGGAAUCGGGCCAAAGGAUCAGCUUACCUCUCACAAUAUUCCAAUACGCGUUGAGAGCCCUAAUGUUGGACGAGGAUUGCAAGAUCAUAUAAUCUAUGGGCCUACUUAUCCGGUUCAUUCCAUUCAAACUUUGACUCGUCUCGCCGUCCAUCCCACCUACGCCAUCUCUCAAUAUUUAAAUUUCACUAUUCGACAACAAGGGCCAAUGACGAACAACGCUGCAGAUAUGAUUUCAUUCGAAAGGUUCAAUAUCACCAAGUUAAACCUAGACGAAGCAAGCGCCCAUUCACUCUCUGCCUACCCCAACGAUUGGCCCCAUGUUGAAUAUCUGAGUGCUCCCGGUCUCGUUGGCGAUUUCUCGAACCUGUUCAAGCUGAAUUUGGUAGCUGGUACGACUACCGGAAAAGAGUUUGUGGCUAUAUUAGUUGCAUUGGUCGCCCCACAGUCUCGAGGGAGCAUCAGGAUCACUUCAAAUGAUAUGUCCGUUCCCCCACUGAUCGACCCAGGCUGGCUGAGUGACCCUGUGGAUCAAAAGAUAGCCAUCGAAGCUUUCAAACGAACCCGGGAGUUUUUCUCAGCCCAAGCUAUGCAGCCUAUUCUUGACGGACAGGAGUAUCUUCCAGGACCUUCAGUCAAGAGUGAAGAACAAAUCCUUGAUUGGAUCAGGAACAACACAAUGACAAUGUGGCAUGCGGCUUGUACUUGUUCGAUGAGAACCCAGGACCAGGGUGGAGUGCUUGAUUCUCAUUUCCGGGUUUAUGGCGCCAAGAACCUCCGUGUUGUGGAUGCCUCGGCCUUUCCAUCAUUACCACCCGGUCAUCCUCAGUCCACCGUAUACAUGAUUGCUGAAAGAGCUGCAACCUUGAUAAAACAAGAACAGGUCUGA